AUGGCGGAGUCACGUCGCACGAGUUCGGAACGCACCCUCGAACCGGAUCGAAGCGUUCCUGAAUCAAAGCAAGAACAGGCGCAAGAAGGUUUCCAAGAAGGUAAGACCUCUACGGAACACCAGCAAGACCAAGAACACCAAGGCGAAAAGGAUGCAGAGAAGAAUGACCCCAACAACCCUCCCUUACCAGUCGGCCUGCUUCAUCCAUCUCUACGCAAGGUCUCGCUCGAGGUCGCCAGGAAAUGGGCCUUGACUGUGCUCAUCCUCUUCACUUUCAUUCUUACCGUCUUGUCUCUCUACUGGGCCGUUCUUUUCCACGUCGAAGAAAAUACAUCAGCCCUCACCGUGGCCGUGGUGAGCUUCGACGGCCGAGUAGCCCCGUACGAAGGAACAACCCCCUUGGUCGGACAAGUAAUUGAGCAGAUCGCGACUGAGCAAGCUAAGAUACCCAAGGGUAUGCUGGGCUACAAAGUACUACCUCCAUCAAUGUACAACAACGACCCAUUCGCCGUCCGCCAGGCCGUGUACGACGAGCACCACUGGGCGGCCAUCAUUGUCAAUGCCAAUGCCACAGCUCUCCUACAGCAGGCCGUGGCGACCGGCAAUGCCAGCUACUCACCCCUCGGCUCAGCCCAGAUCAUCAUCAACACCGCUCGCGACCAGGACACCUAUUACGACUACAUCGUCCCUUUGCUGUCCCAAUUCGAGACCCUCGCCAGUUCCACGUUCGGCGAGCAGUGGAUCAAGACUGUCCUCUCCAACACAUCACUCAGCGCAACGACUUACGCUCGCGCACCCCAGGCUCUGAACCCAGCCAUCGGCUUCUCAACGUUCGAUCUGCGACCGUUCUACCCUUACCAGGUCACCCCUUCAGUAACCAUUGGCCUGAUCUACCUUAUCAUCAUUGCCUUCUUUUCCUUCUCCUUCUUUCUGCCUGUAUACACGAAAUUCCUCAUUCCGAAGGGUCACCCGCCCAUGCACUUCUGGCAAUUGAUCCUGGUCCGCCUCUUCGCCACCACGGCCGCCUACAUGUUAAUGUCCCUGGCCUAUUCGCUUGUAUCGCUAGCGUUCCAGAUCCCUUUUUCAAACAACUACCCGCACAAUGGCGUCGAGUCCGCCACAGACCCGGACGCUUACGGCCACGGCACGUUCGUGGUGUACUGGAUGUUGAAUUGGGUGGGCAUGUAUGCCCUGGGCUUGGCAUCUGAGAACGUUACCAUGGUCAUCGGCCAACCUUGGACUGCUUUCUGGCUCAUUUUCUGGGUCAUAUCGAACGUGGCGACUGCCUUUUAUGCCAUUCCGUUGGCACCAGCAUUCUUCAAGUACGGAUACGCUUGGCCCUUGUACCAUAUUGUGACAGCGAGUCGGACGAUCAUAUUCGACACCCAUAGCCGGAUCGGUCUGAAUUUCGGUGUUUUAUUCGUGUGGUGUGCCGUUAAUACGGUGCUAUUCCCAUUCUGUUGUGUCUUCAUGCGAUGGAAGACCAACAAGGAGUUGGCGAGAAAAGUGCCUAGAAGGACGAUUAAAUAUCUUGUUGACGGUUAG